CAUCCCAUUCCAGGCACACCCCAUGUUUCUAUUGAUUUUGGAACAGUGUUUCAGUUAUGAGUAUACUUAAAUCCUUGCAGACGCAAACAUGAUAAAAACGCAAGCCGUGCUACAUUUAAGAGGUGUAGAUUUAUCAGUGCACGAGCAACGAGUCGCAGAUCUACAGAUUCAAAUACAAAUCAAAUAAGAUCGUCGAGUUUCGAAAACUUUAAAUGUACGUACCAGCGAACAAUACUAUAGUGGAUCACAAAACUUAACGUUAAAAACGAUAAUGCUACUUAAGUCUCCAUGGAGUUGACAUUCAAAUAAUUUUACAACGCUGUAUUUCCACAAUGCAUCGUAACGAACUAUUCGAGCUAAACAGAUCGAUCGGUUUAUUUACCAUGGAUGAAAUCGCCAAGAAUUUUAAAAAGAAUAAAAUGUGGGUAAACAGCGUCGACGAGAGAGGUGACACUCCUCUUCACAUUGCGGCAAAAAAUAAUCAAAUUUCAUUGAUUCGCUCGAUGUUACCUUACUUUGCACAUGCCAAUAUAGUCAAUAAUCAGGGAGAUACAGUAUUGCACAUUUUUAUCGACAGUUGCAUGAAAAAUGAGAUGGAUUCCGUCAAUGAAUCCACUAAUGUUAUUCGUACUUUCCCGUUUAAAAGUAGAUUUUUUGACACAAAACAUCGAAUAAUUCGCAGUCUACUUUCUAAAGGUGCAGACAUAAAUUUAAAGAACAAACAAGGUGUAACGGCAGCACAAUUAGCAGCUAAGUAUGGUUACAUCGACGUGUUAAAAAUAUUCAAGAUUAGUAAAAGACAUUUGUGCGUGCGUACGCAGGAUGGUGAAAAUUUGUUGCAUCUCAUCUGCAAAAACGCAAAAUCCCCGUAUAAGGAUACACCUAUGGAGAUAAAAGUAAUGAGUUAUUUGAUAAAUCAAAAUUGUAAUGUAGAUGACGUCGAUGCUGAGGGCUAUUCAGCAGUGCAUUACGCAUUGCAAACUCGUCAAGUCGAGACCGUAAAGAAACUUGUUCAAUUUGGUUUUAAGAUUCGCCAAUGGAGUAAGAAAGCCUUGUCAAAGCAUCUGUUAACAGCUGCAGCUACGUGCGAUCCAUCGGUCAUUCGAUUUCUAAUCCAACAUGGUGCUGAUGUGAAUGUCAAAGAUCCGUCUGGUAUGAAACCUUUGCAUUUAGCGUCGUUGCGAGUUUUACAUCAGUACGAUGCGAUGGAAAUACUUUUGAAGUCAGGUGCGCAUAUCUACGCAAAAGAUAAUAUUGGUCAACUACCUUUGGAUUACGCCUUAAAAUGUGCGAAUAUCGAAGGAUUAAAGUGUCUCAUGGAAUUCGGUGUUGAUGUAAUCAACACGGAUUCUUUUCAGCAACUUUCAAUUGAUCAGAUAAUAAAUCGAGGGCCACUGGAAAAAUUUGCCCUUAAACAUUUCACUAAAUUAAAAGCAGCUGGAUUCAAAAUCAAUAAGGCUUAUGAGCCCUAUCUAAAUAGUAAUGAUUGGAAAAAAUACAAGCGAAUAUGCCUCGAAGAAGUAAAGGAAUUAAAAUUGUACACGGUAGGCGACAACAUGUCCCUGUACGAUUUACUGCACAUGGAAACGAAGUAUUGUAAUCAUACUCAUUUGACAAAAUUGCUACGUAUUUUAAAAUCUUCGUUUCCAAUUUACUACCGCAUUAUUAGAAUAAAAAUUUACGAGAUUGAAAGGAAGACAUUAAUCAAAUCAGCUAUUUCGGCUUGGUAUGAACUGACAAAUGUCAAUUUGCCUUACUAUUGUGUUGAGAAUAUUAUCUCAUAUCUCAACAGUUGUUGCCUCAGAAUGAUGAUUAGCAGCUCUGAAGAUAGAAUUGUUUAUAACUCUGUGUUAAUUCAGUCGGAAUGGUUAGAAGAAUCUUAACGAGAAACAAAAAAAAAGAAUUAUCGUCUUAGAUGAAAUUUACGAGAAAACUUGAAGAACUGUUAUUUUAUAUUGAAUUUAUUCUAUGUAAUGUGUUCAUUCCUUGUAUUUUAUGUAUACGCGUUAACUGUGAUUUAAUGUGAUUGUUACAUGUAUUCUAUUACUGCCUUAUAUUUUUUUAUUGAUUUUUUCGAAAUUUGUCUUUAUACUUAUAUACUUUGGAUUAAACUUAUUUUCAUAUUAACAUUCUUGAAUGUUCUACCAGUGGUAAACUAAGGACUUUGAUUUAUAGUGGGUUUUACUUCAUUGUUUACAUAAUUUUAUUUGUAUUUCAUAUACAUAUAUAUAAUUAAUGUAAAGUAAAAUUUUAUCAGGUUCAAGAGUGUUUUUAAUAUUUAAUAUGUCUAUAAACGUGUUUUAAUAAAAUUAUCAAUAUAAGUAUUGGAAAUAAAUAUUUCUUAUCCUUCCAUCUAUAUUAAAAAACGAUGAGUCAUCAACAUCCGGUGUUGUGAUUGAUUAUAAUGCUAAGAGAUUGCGCGAAAUUAUGAAUUUUCGUAUACUUUGAAAUAUUUUUAUUAUAUAGAAGUGCAAGGUUUAUAUUGGCAGUAAAUUCAAUUUACGAAUAAUUUAUAUAAACUAUAAUGUGCAAAAAUGGAAAUAUGCCUUUAAAAAACGUUAUCAGAAAAUAAGAGAUUGUUUUCAAAUUAUACUGGAAUAAUUAGUAUGAAUCGAUAAUUGGA